AUGGCGCCGACGCCCCCUCCUUCCCCAAGCCCCGCCCCUUUUUCGUCGUCGGACACUUCGACACCACUCGCCCUGUUCCCGUCGUUCCACGUGGAAAACUGCGCACAACUGCUCGUCACAAUGCUCAUCGCCAUUCCGAUCGCCUAUUUGGCAUAUCGGCUGUACAGGUGCGGGUCCCGUUAGAGUUUCUCUAACACAAAUUUCCCAUUCCAGAACAUUCUUCGCCUUCCUGAAAGCCGUGUUCAUCUACACAAUCGCUCCGAUCUUCUACAAACCGAACCUGCAACAGUACUCGCAUCGAUGGACCGUCGUUUCGGGCGGCACCGACGGUAUCGGAAAGGCGUACACGAUGGAAUUGGCGAAACGAGGACUCCGCAAAUUUGUGCUCAUCGGAAGGAAUCCCAAAAAGUUGGACGCGGUCAAAUCGGAGAUUGGUGAGUGGGUUAAGGUUCUCAACAGAGCGCGUUUGCUUUGAAAUGUCCGCGAGUGUACCUUACUGUUUCUGCAAGUCUAUGUGCACUAUUAUCAUUCCUGUCUGACAGUGUACCUCCUGGUGGGAAAUUCCUUGAAAACAUAAAAGUGUUGUCGGUUUCGGUUUCAUCAAAGUCCCCCUCACAGCAGCAAUACGACGAUGAUCGUUAUUUUCCAGAAGAAAAGCACUCGGACGCGCAAAUCAAGACGUUCGUGUUCGACUUUGGCACCGCCGACUUUUCGCCCCUUCGCGAUUACAUCAGCGACAUCGAUGUCGGAUUUGUCGGUGAGGAUCCGCUGCGGAUGUAGGCCAGAUCCCACUGGUCGAUUACCUUUUUGAGGGGGGGGCGCAAACAUGGAAAUGAAAUCGAGAAAUGACUUUGGGGAGUUGUUAUUGAAGAGUUGAUCAUUCUCUAAGCGAACUGCAGUUUUGUUUAUCACAAUUGCGUUUAGUGAAAAUUGAAAAUUCGCAUUAUUUCGUUUGUCCGUCUCCUCCUAAUUGCUUUCCAUUUCAUCGUAUUUAUGUGCGUAACCUACGAGACCCCGUGUAGCCUAUAAUCAUCCAGACGGGUACACAACGUGCGGGAAUCGGAUGAUGAUAGCAGCAUUUUUGCAGUGAACAGCGUGGGAACGGGCCGCGAGAACCUCGAGCGAUACGGCGACAAUCCGGACGAGGACUCGCAGAUCCUCAAGGUGAACGGGCUCGGCGCCGCCGAAUUCCUGUCGUGCGUGCUGCCGGCGAUGGAGAAAUCGGGCGGCGGACAAAUCGUCGUGCUCUCCUCGUCGCAAGGCGUCCGUCCGAUUCCGAUGCUCGCCGCCUACUGUGCCACGAAGGCGCUGCUCACGUUCCUCUGCGAAUCGAUCGAUCGCGAGUACAAAACGAUCAGUGUGCAGUGUCUGAUUCCGGCCUUGGUCGCCACUAAAAUGACCUAUUACACUGUGAGUUUUAUGGGAAUCUUUUUUUUUUACAAAUUUCGUUGCAGGAAGGCUCCACAUUCGUCGUGACGCCCGAAAACUUCUGUCACCAGGCGGUCGGCUCGAUCGGAUUGACCAAAAAGACGGCCGGAUGUCUGAACCACGAGCUUCAGAUGCUCGGAUUCCACUUUUUCCCGUGGACCAUCCUCAAAUACAUUAUUAUGCCGAUUUAUUAUCACCAGCGGAAGCGAGUCUCCGAACUGCACCAGGCUCAGCCGGUCCCACUCACCAACCCGGACGACGUGACGGCAAAAAAGAUGAUUUCUCGUGACUCCGCCACUGCGUAA